AUGGCCAACCUUACAACACUUGAUCUAGCAUCAAGUGACAUCAAUCGAGGAGGAAUUGCAGACAAUGUGUUCACAGGUCUAACAGAUUUAAAAACUCUUAAUCUCCUGCAAUCAUAUUGGAUAUUUAACAGAUGUUAAAGUAAUCCCUCCACCCUUCUCUCACCUGCUAUCUCUGGUUAACCUGAAAAUCCACAGUCAGGGUUUGUAUUAUCUACCAUCCAACUUUCUUGAAGGUCUGACAUCUUUAUCAUCACUUGGAGCCAGUCAUCUUUUUAACAAAGUCCUUUUAAAAAUGUCCCUGCAUCCAGACACAUUCAUUUAUACACCCAAGUUGGAGUACCUUGACUUCAACAAGAUUAACUUUGUCACCCACCCUCCAGAGUUGUUUCACCCAAUCCCAAGGCUCAAAAGACUCCACCUGUCCGAAUGUCAACUUCAGUCCUUAGAUUUCCUCAUAGGAGCCAACCUAACUGAAGUAGAAUUUUUGCAAGUGAACCAAAAUGAGACAGUGAUACAUACUCUCCCUGCCUUGAUUUACCUGGACAUGAGAAAUAACCCUUUCAGCUGUGACUGCAGCAAUGCUUGGUUCAUCCAGUGGGUGAAGAAGAACAGCCAGACACAGGUUAUUGAUGCCCAUGAGUUUGUCUGCACAUAUCCAAAGGAUCUUCACGGUACUAAACUGUUAGACCUUGACAGCCACUCCUGUUCAGUAGACAUACUGUAGACUUCUUCUACUUUAUCUCCACCACUUCUCUGGUCCUCUGCACCCUGUUGGGGUCUUUUAUCUACCAUUUCCUGAGAUGGCAGGUGGUCUAUGCCUACUACCUCUUGCUGGCUUAUCUCCAAGACACCAAGAGGAGGAACAGUUGUGUGCCUCAUCAGUAUGAUGCCUUUGUCUCCUACAAAACCCAUAAUGAGCUCUGGGUUCUGAGGGAACAGUCAGUAUCUGGUGUGGCAACAAGCUGCAUUAAGUACUGUAGUGCAUCUCCUCCUCAUGGACUGUACCAGAUUUGCCAGUUCUUGCUGUGAGAUGUUACCCCACUCUUCCACCAAGGCACCUGCAAGUUCCCAGACAUUUCUGGGGAGAAUGGCCCUAGCCCUCACCCUCCGAUCCAACAGGUCCCAGACGUGCUCAAUGGGAUUGAGAUCCGGGCUCUUCGCUGGCCAUGGCAGAACACUGACAUUCCUGUCUUGCAGGAAAUCACGCACAGAACGAGCAGUAUGGCUGGUGGCAUUGUCAUCCUGGAGGGUCAUGUCAGGAUGAGCCUGCAGGAAGGGUACCACAUGAGGGAGGAGAAUGUCUUCCCUGUAACGCACAGCGUUGAGAUUGCCUGCAAUGACAACAAGCUCAGUCCGAUGAUGCUGUGACAAACCGCCCCAGACCAUGACGGACCCUCCACCUCCAAAUCGAUCCCACUCCAGAGUACAGGCCUCAGUGUAACAUUCCUUCCUUCAACGAUAAAAACGAAUCCGACCAUCACCCCUGGUGAGACAAAACCGUCACUCGUCAGUGAAGAGCACUUUUUGCCAGUCCUGUCUGGUCCAGCAACGGUGGGUUUGUGCCUAUAGGCGACGUUGUUGCUGGUGAUGUCUGGUGAGGACCUGCCUUACAACAGGCCUACAAGCCCUCAGUCCAGCCUCUCUCAGCCUAUUGCGGACAGUCUGCAUUCAAUACCCAGUCGAUCACAAUUCCCAGUGGGCUAAACUGGUGGCAAUAACAUAGUUAGGAUCUCUUUUAUGAUAUCAUGGUCAGGUUGCAUACUGGUUGUGUAGGGAAGUUUUUUUAAAAACCAGAAACAUUUAUUUAACUGGUUGUAAUCUGUAAUCUGAAAAGGCAUGUGUCUGUACAUGCAACUUGUAUUUACUAAGUAUUUAUUUGCAAUUGUGUUCCACAGGCAAACCCAUUAUAGACAACAUCACAGAUGCCAUCUACAGGAGCAGAAAGACCAUCUGUGUGAUCAGCCGUCGUUACCUGGAGAGCGAGUGGUGCUCCAGAGAGAUCCAGGUGGUGAGGUGGGUCUAAUGUCCUAAUCAGACUGGGGUGACUCGAACAGGUAUCAAACCCAAGUCUUUUGGAACCUCAAGACUGUUCUCUCUGUACCCUUUGGAGUUAAGAAAGACUACGCCCUCCCCUACACACAUACACACUCACCUAAUCUAACUACGGUCUCCUCUGGUCUCUCCAGCUUCCGUCUGGAAGGACGUGUUGAUGCUGGUCCCAGCCCAGCAGCUCUCUCCAUACCACCGCAUGAGGAAGCUGCUUCAGGGUGGCUCUGGAGACCAAGGACUGCCCUGCUGAAGAGAACCCCAUCCUCACUGGGGUGGAGAGGCCAUGAUGAAGGCAACCACAUCUAA